AAGGCAGCAAAUACUACUUCUGUCCAUUCGCCUCCAGUGUUAUGCCAUCACUGUCAUGUCUGCUCCCAUCGCACUCAUUCAAGGGGCCAGCAGAGGACUGGGGCUUCAGUUCUGCAAACAUAUAUUGAAAAGCAAAAGCUCCGCUGCCGUUGUAGCGACAUGCCGAGACCCGGACGGAGCGGCCGAGCUGCGGGCUCUGGCUGGCCAACACCCGGGCAGACUGACGGUCCUGAGGCUGGACGUGAACCGAGAGGAGGACAUCCGAGGAGCUGCGGAUCGGGUUAAGGAGAGCUUCGGUCGGCUGGAUCUGAUCGUAAACUCCUCGGCGAUGCUUCACCCCUCCGGAAAGGGAGAGACCAGCCUGAGAGACGUUUCUGCUCAGGGCAUCAUUUCCACCUUGACGACCAACACAGUGGGUCCUCUGGUCAUGGCAAAGUAUUUUGCCCCCCUCCUUCAGAAAGGUGAAGGUGGUUUCGGUCAACAGCCUGCAGAGAAAGCCAAACAGCACAGCGGCAUCAUCGUCAACAUCACUGCCAAAGUGGGAUCCAUUGGCGACAACGGUCUUGGCGGUUGGUACAGUUACAGAAUGUCUAAAGCAGCUCUUAACAUGGCUACCAGGAAUCUGUCUAUAGAGCUGGGCCGCAGUCGGCCGAAGGUGGUGUGUGUGUCCUUGCAUCCAGGAACAGUCAACACAGACCUCUCCCGACCGUAUCACAAGAAUGUACCAAAAGACAAGCUGUUCAGCACCGAUCAGUCUGUGCACUGUCUUAUGAGCAUCAUAGACACAUUGAAUAUCGAAAAGACUGGCAAGGCGUACAGCUGGGAUGGAACUGAACUUUCUUGGUAGAAUCAAUAAAAAGACAUAAACAUCCCCUCUAUUCUUGAGACUAAAUAUCUCAGCACUCAGUCUAGACUUUAGUCAUCAGAAUAGUCAUCAGAAUUAAAUGAUAGGAAGUCUAAACUGUCAAAGACAAACCUGUUCCACUAUCUUACAACCAAAGUGCUUCAGUCACCUCUAACGCCUUAUGUGGCCUUAAGACUUGGCGCAAUGUAGCACAGCGAGGGCUUAUUUUGGUGGUAGAAGUCAUACUGAGGUUUUUUUUUUCUGUGGUAUUAAUUAAUAUCACCAAGCGAUUUAUGUUAAUAGUUUGACAUUUUGGGAGAUAAUGCUCACUCACAUUCUGGCUGGGAGUUAGAUGAGACUCCACUCUCAUUUCUGUACAUUCAGUCAGGGUGCGAACUACAGGAAAACAUUUUUGCCAUGCAUUUCUAUUUUUCUAUAUCUUCAUUAUCAUUAUCAAUAACAUUAUGGGUGUAUAAUUCAUGCAUGAGGGUGAUUCCUCACUAAUUUAAUAAAGAUACAAGUAUGCAUGCUAUUCUUGCGAACACCGUCAAUUGCAAUUUCAUAAACUUAACUCACUUUAACUCCAAGAUCUUUCUUUGUCCCACUCACUCAUUAUGCAGAAUCGCCAUUAUUCAUUUCUCUGUUUUGUAGUCAGCAUACUGUAAGUCUCAGUCAGUAAGAAAAAGUGAGCUCCCCUGAAAGCGAUGGUAUAGUUCGCACACUGCAUUCCAUAUGAAGCUAGAACUGUUAAAGUUAGUUUAGUUACCGUAAAAACUGGAAACAGCUUGCCCGGCUCAAUUUUUGCCAACCAUCUCUGCAGCUUCUUAAAGGUCCAGUGUGUAGGAUUUACUGGCAUCAAGCAAUAUAGUUGCAGAUCGCACCUCCCUUACUUCACCUUCUCCUUCCAAGCACAAAGGAGAAACUACGGUGGCUGUGAAACACAUAAAAAAAAACCGGAAUGCCAGUGUUUGGUUUGUCCCUUCUGGGCUAAUGUAAAAACAUGGCAGCUCAACAUGGCAGCCUCCAUGGAAGGUGACCCACGGUGUCUGGAGAUAUAAAAGCCUUAUUCAACAGAAUGAUUCUUAUAUUCAUGUUAUUAUAUACUUAUGAAAACAUAGUUAUGCAUAUUAUAUUUCUGCCAAUAAAUCCUCCUAAAUAUGAAACACUGGACCUUUAAUGGACAGGCAUGAGAGUGAUACUGACCUUCUCAUCUAAUUCUCAGCAAGAAAGUAAUUAAAAGCAUGUUUCCCAAAAUGUGUAACCAUUGAUGUCAAAAACAAUUGGCUCAUAUAUUCCUUGUUGUACUUCAUAUCUUAUUAUUUAAUAAAAUCUAAAUUUUUAUUUGACAGCUGAA